AUGGGGAAGGCCAAGGACGCGCAGAGAGUCAAAGCGAAGAAAGCUGCCAACAGCGGCAGCGCUGAUGCAACCCCUGGCCUCCAGAAAGCGUCUGCAGCUGCGAAAGACAAGAAGUCGAAGGGCAAGCAGGGCGGCGGCCUGUUUUUUGGGGACCCCCUUGAGCGGGAGCUGGCGGCCGUGGGGCUGCGGGUGGCCAAGAUCACGGCCGACGGCAACUGCCUCUUCAGGGCGGUGGGAGACCAGACCGAGGGGGACGAGGGGCGCCACACAGACCUGCGGCAGCGCGCGUGUGAUUUGAUGGUGGAGCGGCGCGAGGAGUUUGAGCCGUUUGUGGAGGACGAUCAGGGUUUUGAAACCUACAUCAAACGCAUGCGCAAGGACGGCGUGUGGGGCGGCCACAUGGAGCUGCAGGCGCUGUCGCUGCUGAUGGGGGCCAACGUGUACGUGUAUCAAGAGGGGCAGCCGCGCUGGACGGUGCGCAACCACCCAGAUCACGCUCCCUCAAUUCACCUAUCCUACCAUGGAGGGGAGCACUACAACUCAGUGAGGCUGCUGGAUGACUACACCCGGGGACCACCUCGGACCAUCACGCUGGGCGCGGGUGGCGCAACUGCGGCAGCUAUCGCCAAGGUAAUCUAA